GUGCCUUGGCCGCCUUCGCCGCCUUCACGGCAGCCUUGGACGGACGCUGGUCUAGCGCGGCUCUAGAAUCGAGCCCCCUAUUGUUUUCAAAUGGGUAGUUUCUAGGGUGGCGAUUGUCGCUCGCAGGUUUGUCUGCUGUGUUGGUGUAUUAGGGAACGUUCACGGACCAGAUUGUUGCUCCUUCCCUGAUAGCCAGUCAGCCCAUCUCGACGUUCCUGCUUGCGUCGAAGUCAGACCCGGAGUCCUGAGUUUCCGACGCGCUGCCGUGUUGAAUGUAUAUUUUUAUUCGUGAGUUGCAAUCGAGGGCACCAACAGUUUGGAAAAGUUGGUUACUCCGCGGGACCGGACUAGUCGUUUGACCUUGAGAACGAAGAAAGGGAGCAAAGAUUUUGGCGUGCGAGAUUUGUUGUUGAAGAAGAGGAGUUUGUUGCAGUGGUUGGGUGGUUGAGUGAGGGUUACUGGACAGGAAGGAGACGUUUUUUUAUUCUUCUUUCUGGCAUCGGAGAAUAUGGACGGAACGAAAUCAUCUCUGUCGGGGUAGCGGAGACUUUUCAGGGAUUACCCACGCAUUUCGCCUCGCGAUUACGUGACUCGUGAGGAAGGAAGCUGGCGGACCCGGGUAAUCAAUGAAUCGUUUCUGGUGCGAAGCGCGUGAGAGAGCAGCGUGGUCAGCAUCACUUGAAACUUCUGGUUUAGAUCUUCAGCAUUGUGUAGUAACGGCUCAUACAUGCAUCACAGAGUGACAUCGCUCGCAACUAAUUAGACUUGGAUAGUAUUUCACAAUGGGGUGCACGGCGUCGAGAGAAAACGGGAUCUCGAUUCGGGACAGGGAAAGGCUUGGGAAUCGGCGGAAGCUCAGUAAGAGUAGCUCCUUCACACCCUUGCGAUCCUCGAAGCCUCGUGACUUGCACUACGAUUAUCAUGUGGUCGCGCUCACGUCCAGCACGUAUGGCCUCAUGAAGCUGCUCGAGUCUGAGCAAGUGAACGAGCACUUGGUGUCUGUCAUCGGCGGUAAUGGCGCCGUUGAUGAAGAACAGACUGGGGGCUACAGCAAAUUACGGAAGUCAGACACUAUGCCGGUUCGUGGGAAGGCGCCGAAGACGACGUGGACCGACAUGGCGAUGGCGACAUGGAAACAUAGCGACUCUCGGUUCAAGCUGGAGCAAAUUCGGAAAAGCCAAAUCGAGGCGAAGUUCCCGCUGAACCCGAAGGAGAUGGAAGAGACAGUGGAGCCUUGCGAGACGGAGACGAUCAACACAUGGGAGCUCAUGGAGGGACUCGAUGAUCGAACGCCUCUUGCAUCACCGUUGCCGACCAAUCCCGCUCCUGCGGUUCCCCCACCCAAGGAUCUAAGCUGUGUAGGGGUUUUGCCUAAAUUGUCCAGUAUGCCCAGCUUCACCCGGUCGCGAUCGCUCAACGCUGUCGAUGGACUCUGGAUCAUGAGCAAGGCAGGACUUCCACACCCCGAUCACUCCAUCGACUCCAAUUCGUCUGUGACACAAAUUUCGACGAACCAAAGCUUCGAUUUCUCCAACAGGGGCAGCAUGGAUUUCUCCAGCAGGUGGAGCAUGGAUUUCAAGGGGAGCAUGGAUCUCUCCAGCACGGGCAUGCCUGUGGAUUUCCCAGAACGGUGUAGUGGGUCACUCAACAAUGCAGGCUUACAGAUGGACAUUGCACAGCACAAGUCGAGCCGUGAGGGGCUACUACCGAGUGGGCAAGUGAUGGGCUUCCCGAUGCAGCAGGAUUCAGGCCAGUCUUUUCAGUCCACGAUGUUUCCAACCGUUUCAGAUGGUUCUCAUGGCGACAGCAAUUUGUUCGACCCGGACAUCUUGGCCACCUUUCAAUCUGCAGCCAACGAGGAGAAAUCACCCACGUCUUACUCCGACGACGAUUGGUGCCACGUCCGUCACCGCAGCGAUGGGGAAGCAUCCACAUCCGGCAGCGUUGCAGACGACGACAGCAGCCCGAUUCAGUGGUCACGAAGCAAGCAACAAACUGUGUUCAACGACACAUCCAGCAGCAUUUGCGACGGUGGCCGGGGAGAUUUGCAUUCAGGGACGUAUGGCUCUCGCAGGACACGGCAGUCGGACUCAUUCGCGAAGGUGAUGCCAUUCGACAACUUCGACGACAGCCAUCUUCGGCCUCGCGUCAACCUCGACCCGCUCUACAAAUACGAGGAGAAGUGUCCUCCGGGGGGCGAUGAUCGCGUCGUGCUCUACCUAACAUCCCUGCGCGGCAUUCGAAAAACAUUCGAAGACUGUCACAGUUUGCGCAUGAUCCUGCAGAGUCACUCCGUGUGGGUCGACGAGCGCGACGUCUCCAUGCACGCUGAGUUCCGUCAGGAGCUCAGGGAUCUGCUUGAUGGGCCCGUCAUCGUGCCCCGGCUCUUCAUCAAAGGCCGAUACAUCGGCGGGUCGGAUGAAGUGCGCAAGCUGCACGAGGAUGGCAAACUGAGCGACCUGCUUAGGGAUUUCCCCGUGGUUCAGUUCCGGAAAGCUUGCGACGGCUGCGGCGGCGUCCGAUUCGUGCCGUGCCCGGAUUGCAGCGGCAGCUGCAAGAUCAUAACGGCGGCGAACGAGGUUGCUCGCUGCCCGGAUUGCAACGAAAAUGGGUUGAUCAGAUGUCCCGUAUGCUUUUAACCAAAUAAUGUUACUAAAAAAACAAAACUGCGCAAGGGCGGCGAUCUCUUCGCAUCAAAUUUUUCCUCGGGCAUCGAAAUAUAAUGUUCUCCGAUGUUGGAUCUGGCUGCCAAUCACCCAACCAAAUGGCUGGUCAAAUAGAUCAUGUAACCUAGCCCUUCGAGUUUUUUCAUGUGGGUGGACAAGAGUGUAUAUAACACGAAAACUAUGCUCAGCAGUGUUGUUGAUGGGUAGCGACUCACGUGGUAGCAUACACGAGCAGUGUGUUUUUUUAAACCUGCUUCUCUCGUGGUCUGGAUCCUUUCGCUGCGGGAGCCGGAGCGAGUGGGCAAUCAGCGUUGGACUAGCGAUGGUUUUCCACUUUACACCCCCCUGUGUACUAUUUCCCAAAUGAAUACGAUGCGUUUCUCUCUUCAUGCAU